AUGCGUACCCUGCAACACGGGGUAUCUGUUAUCAUGCGUACCCUGCAACACGGGGUAUCUGUUAUCACUCCUUCCCUGCAACAAGGGGUAUCUGUUAUCAUGCGUACCCUGCAACACGGGGUAUCUGUUAUCAUGCGUACCCUGCAACACGGGGUAUCUGGUAUUACUCCUUCCCUGCAACACGGGGUAUCUGUUAUCAUGCGUACCCUGCAACACGGGGUACCUGUUAUCAUGCGUACCCUGCAACACGGGGUAUCUGGUAUUACUCCUUCCCUGCAACAAGGGGUAUCUGUUAUCAUGCGUACCCUGCAACACGGGGUAUCUGUUAUCAUGCGUACCCUGCAACACGGGGUAUCUGGUAUUACUCCUUCCCUGCAACACGGGGUAUCUGUUAUCAUGCGUACCCUGCAACACGGGGUACCUGUUAUCAUGCGUACCCUGCAACACGGGGUAUCUGGUACGCCCAUCAACCGGCUGCCCAUCAUGGCCAAGCAGGUGCUGGACCUCUACGAGCUGUACAACCUGGUGGUGGCUCGCGGCGGCCUCGUGGACGUCAUCAACAAGAAGUUGUGGCAAGAGAUUAUCAAGGGACUGAAACUGCCUUCCUCCAUCACCAGCGCCGCCUUCACCCUCAGAACCCAGUACACCAAAUACCUGUAUCCAUACGAGUGUGAGAAAACAAAACUCUCGAACCCGGCGGAGCUACAGUGUGCCAUCGACAACAACAGGAGAGAAGGUCGCCGCUCCUCCUACGGUACCUACUGUGACUCCAUUCAACCUCCUCUCCUCAACCUCCAGUCCCUCCAUAACCUCCACAACCCUCUGUCUCUAGCGGGCCGACCACACUUCAACGGCAAUGGUACCACCUAUCCUCUCCCUCAACCAGACUGCUUGAUGGGUCGGGGCGGGUCCCCCCCAGGCUCACAGGAGGCGCUGCUGGAGGCGACGCGACUCACCAUGUGGAAGCUGUACAACCAGGGGUUCGGGGGCGGCGGCUUCCAGCACGAGGACGAGCCGCCCAAGCUGCCUCCUCCUUACCACCCGUUGGCGGGGGUCCCCUUCCCUCCACAGAAGGAGGCGCUAAACCUUGACCUUAAAGAAGACAUGUUCUUCUUGCAGCGGCCGGGACGACUUAAGGAGAACUCCGACCUCCGCAACGAUAUGCGCCAUGACCUACGCAACGACCUACGCAACGACCUACGCAACGACCUACGAAAUGACAUUCGCAAUGAUAUGCGUAACGACAUGCGUAACGACAUGCGUAACGACCUACGCAGUCGUUUAGAAGAAGGCGCGUUACCCCCCGCGGCCAAACGACCCGCUCAACACGAAGACCACCACGAUCCUCGCCUACCGUCGCCCACCACGCCCACGCCACCCACACCCCCAGGACCACCCGGCGCCAACAUCAAGAUCACUUCCAGGGGGGAUGGUCGUGGCGGAGACCAGAGUAUGGUGGUCAGCAUGGAGGUAAACGGCAUUAUGUAUCAGGGAGUGUUGUUCGCCCAGGCACCCAGGGCUCGCUUCAGCUAAGGUGCUGCCCCCGUGACAACACCUCACCUUCUACCCACAUCAACCUCACCCUACGGCAAGAUCGUCCAUCCCUACACCCAGCUCUCCCCUACACCUCAAUCCUUUACAGAAUACACCUGGUUCACCUACACCUCUUUCCCAUACAUCCUACCCAUCCUAAACAGGCCACACUCCUACACUUACCAUCCCUACUUGCUGUUACUGCCAAGAUCAGGGCUCGUAAUCCUGAUGGGGGAGGGGUGAUGGUGACAACACCCCCAAGGACACCAAGAGAGGAACAACCUGACGGCGAAGAAGAAAAAAAAAUCAACUCCGUCGUUCUCCUCCUCUCGACGACCAUUAAGCUAUUAGUAUGUAGAGCGUCUCAAUUAGUUUCUAGUGCCAAUAGUGUGACUCUUUGACUCCAGUUAUUAAAACCACAACUUGUGAAACUACUGUGAGCUGUCUGUGGUGAUCGGAUCUGUGGGUCGGAAUGUUUACUAGAGUGACGACCGAGUGUGUGUAUGUGUGUGUGUGUGUGUGUGUCGUACUCACAGCUGGAGUUGGACGACGACUCCUCUGGUCGUCUUUUGCGUCUCAGCCUCGGAGCCUCGUGAAACAGAUGGUUAUUAACAGCUGGUCACUUCCCGGUGUGUGUCAGGCAGUUGUUCUACCCCCCUCCCUCAUAAUACUCCUCAAGUUAACAGCUUUUUAAAUCCUUCUUUAAAUAUAUGUUACGUUUUCUAUAGACGGUAUACGGGGAUAACACUAUAUUAUUACAUAUACUGUAUAAUAUAUGACAGUAUAUAAUGUAUUGUGAACUUAAUCGUGAAUUUUUUUAAUGACACAUGAGAUAAUGUAUUUUGUUUACAUUUCAAUUGAUGGUCAUAUUGAGUCAACAGUUUUCAGAGAAUUGUGUUUAUCUAUGUAUUCUAUAAACGUAUUCCUCUUUAUGUUGAAAUAUCUUUAAUGAAAUUGUAUGUCUUACUGGUGCACAAAAUCAUACACAACUUUUUCAUCAUUAGUUAACGAGAUAUAAAAUAAAUUAUAAUCACACGAGAAAAAAGUAUGAGAAGGAAUAUUUGGACCUUAAGAUGAAAAACUUACUCAAAAUUGUGUAUUUGACUUGAACAAUACAUAGAAAUUACAUAGAAGUAAAGCUUGAGGUGUAGAGGCUGAGUUGUAGAGAAACCUUCCUGGACACCAUUACUUUAAGUGGUUCUUGUGUUAAGUUUGUAAUGUGAUGCGCAAGUAGUUCUCUGUUGAGGCUGGGCCGUGUAUGUGUCUCGGGGCUUUAGUUUCGACCAGUGAGGUGAAUUUUCCGAGUGACAAUAAUUUAAAAGUAAUGUCUGUCAUUAUAAUAAGAGAAAAGUGAGGCUUUAUGAAGUCUUUAUGUUUGAUGUCCCAAUCUUACAUGAACGUAAGAUAAGGUGUGGACAUUUCCUAAUCCGGGUCUGUAAACACAUAGCACAGCUUCAGGACAUUUAACAGCCAAACUAUGUAACCGAAUGAUACAACUUAUGGACACUGCCGACAUGAGAGGUAUAAACAUGUGAGCCAUUUUCUGGAUAUUUUUCCCAAUUCAGAAAAGCGAACUUUUGACACAUGUCGAAGCUUUCCUGUGGUUGGUGCUGUGAAAAGACACCUCAGCUCACGUCAUUGGAACAGCCAGAUAAUAGGGCGCUGUUGGCGGGAGUAGAUGGUGGACUGUAUAUAUGUGUUUGUAUACGGACGUAGAGUGUUAUUAAUGCUGUGUUUGUUGUUGUUGUUAUUGUUGUUGUUACCGCUCGCUCCACCACGCCCGGAGUACAGGUGACACAGUGGAGAAAAAAAAAUCCUUGUUAAAAGUGCUUCACAUCACCCGUGUAUGUCUGUCUGUCUGUCUGUGUGGUGUGUCGAUGUUUCGAAUCCAAUCGCCACACCGAGUUGGUAAAACACCUGGUGUAUAUUUGACAGCCUCUGUGUGGUCUAUGUGUAAUUCGAACGUACUUAUGGCUAUGAUGCCACUGUAUAUUUACAUUCGACCCAAGGUACAGGAGAUACAAAGGAAGUGUACCGGUAUACCAGAGACAAUAUUUGAGUAUACUAAGUGUGAGUUCCGGUGUGUAUAAGAUAGCACUGACCACGGCACACGUCCACAUAGUAAAACUCCCUUGUACAGUGUUUAUAUUCCGUGGACAUAACAGGUGUGAAGCUCAGCAGUGAAUCAUCUAUGGGGAAACACCUGGCGUUUUUAUCUGACGGAUUCCAACCCACGUCCUCAGGUAACAAGAACGACCCCACUUCACCACAAUGUAGAGUGGUGAAACUGUGUAUAUUUGUAUAAUAAGUGUAUGAACUCUUUUAAGGUGAGGACAACCCAUGUACAGUACAUUCAGUGACAAUAGGAAGGUCAACAAUUUGCAUGAAUUUGAUAUUCCGAAUUAUUCCAGUGUAGAGGCAGGUGAGAUAAUUUUGACCAGUUUCUUGUAGUGUUAAAACCUUUAAUCCGGCGAAGAGGUCGCUGGGUGUUGUGUGAGUACCGGCAGGAGGAGAUCUUCUGCUGGUACGUCUUCUGUGAGUACCGGUGGAAGGAGAUCUUCUGCCGGUACGUUUUCUGUAAGUACCGGCAGGAGGAAGUCUUCUGCCGGUACUUCUUCUGUGAGUACCGGUGGGAGGAGAUCUUUUGCUGAUACGUUUUCUGUAAGUACCGGCAGGAGAAGUCUUCUGCUGGUACGUCUUCUGUGAGUACCGGUGGAAGGAGAUCUUCUGCCGGUACGUUUUCUGUAAGUACCGGCAGGAGGAAGUCUUCUGCCGGUACUUCUUCUGUGUGUACCGGUGGGAGGAGAUCUUCUGCUGGUACGUCUUCUGUAAGUACCGGCAGGAGAGUGUCUUCUGCCGGUACUUCUUUUUUGAGUGCCGGCAGGAGAAAGUCUUCUACCGGCAUGUCUACAUACUAUGUAAGUUGAUCUCAUGUUUAACUAAUUUAUAUUUUUUAAAAUAAAACUUAAUUCACAA